AUGGACCCAUCACCAAGUAAACUCCGUAUCAAGCAGCUCUCAGAGCGACUUCUAAACCUUCAAAGCGGCUUAGAAGAAGAAAAGCAAAGCAGAGUAGAAUCAUUCCAGUCCAAGCUCAAAGGUCUUGAAUCAAAAGUCGAAAACAGCCAGCUUAACUUCGAAAGUAAAUUUAAACUCCUCAAAGAUCAAGUCAACAAGCUCGGAGAAAGCAUUGCAGAAGAGCGCAUGGCCAGAGAGCUUCUUGAUGAGCGAAAAUCAAAAGAACUGAAACUCGUUGAAAACAAUUUAAACAUCGAUUUAAACUUGCUUAAACAAAGCCGCAGAGAUAAUGAAGCCAAAGUAAACAAGUUGCUAGAUGAAAAACUGUUCAGCUUAAGACUUGACCUUGCCAAAGAAAAAAAAGUUAGAGAAGAGGUCAGUGAGCAGCAGCAUCAACAAUUGGAAGAAAAUAUCAAUAGACUUAAUAGUAUUGUGGAAGGAGAAGCUGCAGCAAGAGAAGAGGGCAUAGAAAAACUAAAUCAACACAUCCAUGAUGAGUUUCAUAAUUUUGAAGAAGAGCUGGGGACUGAGAAAAAAGACAGAGAAGAAGCGAAUUCGACGAUGCUUAAAAUGCUUGAAGAAAUGCAGGAAAGACUGCUGCAAGAACUUUUAGCAGAGAGAAAAGAAAGACAAGGGACAGAAGAAACCUUGUUAAAGCUAUUGGAGGAGACUUGCUUAAGAGUAGAAACUUCACUGAGAACGUCUGCUAUUUAG